AUGUCGCAGUCGCAGUUCCGAGUGAAGACGCACAGCACCACCAUCCUGACGGACCGCCACCUCAACCGUGGCACCGCCUUCACGGUGGAGCAGCGCAAGCAGCUCCACGUCCUUGGCCGCCUGCCGCCCGCCGUCGAGACGCUGGAGGAGCAGGUCUCCCGCCUGUACAACCAGCUGAAGAGGUACGACAAGCCGAUCAACCGCUACCAGCACCUUGCCUCCGUGCACUCGACGAACACGACCCUGUACUACGCCACCAUCCUUGCCCACCUGGAGGAGCUGCUCCCCAUCGUUUACACCCCGACAGUCGGUGAGGCGUGCGAGGACUACAGCCGCUACUUCUUCCGCGAGCGCGGUUUGUACUUCAACCGCACGUACAAGGGGCAGUUUCGGAGCAUCAUGCGGGACGCGGCGUACGAGCGGGUGGACGUUGUCGUCAUCACGGACGGCUCCCGCAUUCUCGGCCUUGGCGACCUCGGCGCGAACGGCAUUGGCAUCAGCAUCGGCAAGUGCUCCCUGUACGUUGCGGGUGCGGGGAUUAGCCCCCGGUACACCGUUCCCGUCAUGCUGGACGUGGGCACGAACACGGAAAGGUACCUGCAGGAGAAGGAGUACCUUGGCAUGCGCGAGAAGCGCCUCGGCGACGAGGAGUUCUACGCGGUGCUGGACGAGUUCAUGGAGGCGGCGAGCGCGGAGUGGCCGAACGCCGUCAUUCAGUUCGAGGACUUCAGCAACAACCACUGCUUCGACAUACUGCAGCGCUACCAGAAGAAGUACCGCUGCUUCAACGACGACAUUCAGGGCACGGGCGCGGUGAUUGCCGCCGGCUUCCUCAACGCCGUCAAGCUGUCGGGUGUUCCCCCGCUGCAGCAGCGCAUUCUUGUCUUUGGCGCGGGCUCGGCUGCCGUCGGCGUGGCGCAGAGCAUCGCGGAGCUCGCGGCGCACUUGUACGACGUCCCCGUGGAGGCCGUCCUCAAGACCUUCUACUUGGUCGACACCAAGGGCAUCGUGACGACGACGCGCGGCGACCAGCUCGCACCGCACAAGAAGCUGUUCGCCCGCACCGACAUCUCCGCGGAGGACUCGGCGCGGCUUCUCGCGCUUGAGGACAUUGUGCGGUUCGUGAAGCCAACGACGCUCCUCGGCCUCGGCGGCGUGGGGCCCGUCUUCACGGAGGAGAUUGUGCGGAUGGUGAGGCAGAACGCCCCCCGCCCCAUCAUCUUCCCGCUGUCGAACCCGACACGCAAGGCGGAGGUGACGCCGGAGAACGCCUACAAGUGGACGGACGGCGCGGCGAUCGUCGCGUCCGGCAGCCCGUUCCCGCCGACGGUGAUCGGGGGCAAGACGUUUAUCCCGUCGCAGGGCAACAACUUGUACGUCUUCCCCGGCAUCGGCCUUGGCUGCGCGCUGGCGCAGCCGGCGCACAUCCCCAGCGAGCUCCUGCUCGCGGCGUCGAAGUCGCUCAACCUCCUCACGUCGGAGGAGAACCUGCGGGCUGGCCGGCUGUACCCGCCGCUGGACGACAUCCACGACAUCUCCGCCCACAUCGCCACCGACGUGGUGCUGGAGGCGCAGCGCCUGGAGCUCGCCACCAACCACAGCCUCCCGCGCACCCGCGACGAACUUCUCGCCUACGUGAAGAAGUCGAUGUGGAACCCGGUGUACCCUGUGGAGCUCGAGAAGGUGUGA